GAAGUUAGUUUUUUUUAACGCUUCUGUUUCUCUGCUGUCACGAACGCCUCAGUCUGUCGUCUAAACGUCUGGACAUGAACGUCUUUCAAGAGUCCUGCUGCUCCAUUUUAGGAGUUCUCCUGGUUUUUCUUCUCCAAGGGUCGUGUGUUGAUCCAGAGACGGAGGUCGUGCACAAAGCUGUUGGAGACUCACUGGAAUUAAUCGCUAAAUAUCCAAAAAAAGAUCUUGAAGUACACUGGAAAUAUCAUGAGAGUGAUUUUGCUGUGUACCAAAAUAAUGAUUUCAGAAUAGCUAAUCCUGAAUUAUUUUCAGGAAGACUAAAGCUGUAUAAAGACAAUAUUAGCGUAACAGUAACAAACCUUAAACUCCAGGAUUCUGGAAGCUUCUCUAUUGUUGCAGAAACAGUACAUAAUACACAUGUUACACAAUACACAACCAAACGGAUUGAGCUACAUGUUCAUGAUCUCAUCAGAGAGGUGAACAUUCAGUACGAUUAUUCCUGGCUGCAAUCUCAAAACAUCUGCUUGUUUCAUCUCCGGUGUGCGGCUGAUGAUCCCGGGACCUUCUACAGCUGGAGCGGUCAUCAGAUCGGGACUCAAGGAUCUGACCUGAACAUCACUCUCGGUCCAGAAGAGAAAAACACAGUCACCUGCACAGCCAGGAACAACGUCAGCAUCAAGAGCACUACUGAGGAUGUAGUGUGCACAAGGAAGGGUCAAAGGUUCUGUGUAAAGGCUUAACUUCUCUAAGGAUACAAAAAGGUUUACUUUGAAAUAAAGACAAGCAAAGAAAAGGCCUGUGUAUUUUGGAGAUUAUGUGUAUUUUUUAAAUAGCUCUAAAAUGAUCUUGUUAAAUUAUUUAGCAUGAUAUUUAGGAUGUAUAUAUAUUAAGAGCAACAUGGGCCCAAUUAAAAAGAAAAAUCUGUUCAAGUCACCAGUACUGCAUUUUUAUUUAUCAUAUUUCCUUGUUUAUUUUUGAUAAGAUGAACUUGAACUUGAAUCUAAAACCAAAAGCACUUUCUUUAAAAAUGUACUCAUUUCAACCAUAA